AAUCAUCAGUUGUAUAUUGUUUCUAACAUAGUGAACAUUAGUAGAGAAUAACUAAAAUGAAAUACGUUUUAAUUUUGUGUUUAAUUUCUUUGGCCACUUUUGCCUAUGGGAAUCCAGAAUCAUGUGUGGGUUGUCCCGUAAAAGUAACUGGCAAUGAUAUUAAGAAAUCCGAAGAAGUUCUCAACAAAUCUCUAACAAAAUUAGCAGCCGGUGAUGGACCAGUCUACAAACUGGUUAAAAUUAAUUCAGCUUCUAGACAAAUUGUAUCUGGUUCUAAAGACGUAAUUAAUGCUGAUCUUAUGGAUGAAAAUGAAAAAGUUAAAACUUGUGAUAUUGAAAUUUGGUCUCAACCCUGGUUGGAUAACGGUAUUGAAGUAACAUUCAACUGUCCCGGUGAAGAAAAAUUAGUUAAGAAACAUAGUGCCUAAAGAGAAAGUGUGUACUCACAUAAUGGGUGUUUUGUUAAUUUAAUAUGAUGAUGUUAAAUGCAAUAAAAUUUUAAAACUCAAUAUGCCUGUA